AUGGUGGAGUCUGGUCCUGGGACCAUGAAGCCAUCAGAGACUCUAGAACUGACCUGUAAAGUGACCGGAGCCUCCCUCACUGACAGCACUAACAUGCACUGUGUGCACUGGAACCGACAAUCUGAAAGGAAACAGAUGGAGUGGUUGGGAAGAAUAUGUCAUAAUGAACACAAAGAUUAUGCCAGUUCUGUUCAAGGACGACUGACUCUGUCCAGAGACACAAAUAAAAGAGAAGUGUUUUUAAAACUCAGUGGAAUGAAACCUGAAGAAUCCGGAACAUAUUAUUGUGCAAGAGACACACAUAGCAUCAACUCAAUUAACAACAUGUAUACAAACUGGUGGUAA